CCACUAAUUUUCAACUUACUCAGACAGUUUCUCCCCUUCGCUUCCUACCUCUGUUGACGCUCUCCGAUGCAGAUCUGCGCAACUCUUCCGGCACAAAAUUUGAAUCACUUUCAGGCUAAACCGGCCGCCUUCAAAUGCCAGCGGUCGCGGCUGAACCCCUUAACGAAACCCAUUAUUAGAUCAUUGGCUUCCACUGAGAUGACCCGGCAACACCUCUCCAACCUGGAUAAAGUCCUCCAGAAAUCAAACCAGCCCGCCCCGGCUCCACAAGAAGUGGUUAACAAAGUACCCAACAAUGGGCCGGCGCCAGAAAAUAAGGGGAUGGGUUUACUAGAAGGGCUCAAUUUGCCUAGGAUUUGGGAUGAGCCAAAGGCCGCCGAAGAGAUGUCUCCUAGGCAUUUUAAUCGGCUCCAGCGUCUUUUAUCCAUGACGGCGGAGUAUUCCCCCAGGAACAACCUCGCUUCUCGGUGGCGUGAGUACCAUGGGUGUAAAGAUUGGGCGGGGUUGAUUGACCCACUCGACGAGAACCUCCGCCGGGAGGUGGUUAGGUACGGGGAGUUUGUUCAGGCUGCAUACCACGCCUUUCAUUCCAAUCCCGCCACACCGGCGGAGGAGGUCCCACUCCCUAGACACGUAGCAUUGCCUGAAAGGUCCUAUAAGAUGACAAAGAGUCUCUACGCCACGGCAGCCGUCGGCCUGCCGAAGUGGGUGGAUGACGUGGUACCGGACCUUGGGUGGAUGACCCAAAGAUCUAGCUGGAUCGGGUACGUCGCCGUUUGCGACGACAGACGGGAGAUCCAACGGAUGGGUAGGAGAGACAUCGUCAUCGCACUACGCGGUACCGCCACCUGCUUAGAAUGGGCCGAAAAUGUCCGAGCCCAAUUGGUUGAACUCCCCGAAUCCGACGACCCGGCCCAAAAAGUCGCAUGCGGGUUCUUGAGUUUACACAAGACACGUGGAACUCACGUGCCCAGCCUUGCAGAAACCGUCGUGGAAGAAGUAAAACGAUUAAUGGAACAAUACAAAGGCGAGGCCUUAAGCAUAACCGUCACCGGCCACAGCCUAGGGGCGGCGCUGGCUCUCCUAGUCGCCGACGAACUAGCCUCAUCAUGUGCACCUCAAGUUCCACCCAUUGCCGUAUUUUCAUUUGGAGGGCCUCGGGUAGGAAACCGGAGCUUCGCCGAUCGGAUUAAUUCAAAGAACGUAAAAGUGCUCCGGAUUGUGAACAACCAAGAUCUUAUCACCAAAGUUCCGGGCGUUUUCGUGGGUGAAGAACGAGAGCAAGAGUCAAAAGACAAAAACAUCGGAAAAAUGUGGGAUGUUCUGGACAAGAACAACCCGUGGGCGUACUCGCAUGUGGGAACAGAGCUCCGGGUGGAUACGAAGAUGUCACCUUACCUGAAGCCGAACGCCGAUGUCGCAUGUUGUCAUGAUUUGGAGGCGUAUUUACAUUUGGUCGAUGGAUUCUUGGCAUCUAACUGUCCGUUCAGGCCGAAUGCGAAGAGGAGUUUAGUGAAGUUGUUAAAUGAUCAAAGAUCAAAUGUGAAAAAGUUGUAUACAAGCAAGGUGAAACCGUUGAGUUUGAAUCUUGAGAGAAAUAAUAGUGGACUCUCAAUGUCCGGGUGUUUACCCAGUCCAUCAUAAUAAAUAAAUGACUUUCUACAAA